UGUUACUGUGUGACAGUUGUAUUUUUAGUAUGGCGUCGUGAGCUCAACUCAAACAAAGAGUGCGUCGUAAUUCGAACAAAUUGUUCAUAAAGUUAACUGUGAUUUUUGUUUUCGUACUUUUGAAACUCCAGUUUCGAUCUAAAGCAAAAACAUGCUGAAUUUAGAGAUCGUUCCCGAACGUUCCUUGGGCUGUGAACAAUGGGAAUUUGUGCUUGGCAUGCACUUUUCACAAUCCGUCGCUAUCAUACAAUCCCAAGUGGGUCAAAUCAAAGGUGUGCAAGUUAUGUACAAUGACUCGAACCCCUUAGAAGUAGAUAUAAUAAUAAACCUACCUCAAGACGGUAUUAGAUUGUUUUUCGAUCCAAUCGUUCAAAGAUUAAAGGUAAUAGAGAUAUACAAUAUGAAGCUAGUCAAAUUAAAGUAUUGUGGAUUGUCUUUCAACUGCCCAGAAGUGCUUCCAUCGAUAGAACAAAUUGAGCAUUCCUUCGGAGCUACGCAUCCCGGUGUGUUUGACGCCGAGAAGCAGCUAUUCGCGCUUAACUUCAGAGGUUUAUCGUUUUAUUUUCCUGUGGAGUCCAAAUUUCAAACGGGCAAUACUCAUAAUUUAGGUUCGCUGCAUUUCCCUCCCGGAAGUUCACCAUUGGUGUCACGCACGGCGAUCUACAGCGGAUCCAGUUUAGAGCAGGCAUCCGCCCCCGAACUUCCUCUGUCAUGUUAUCAUGGCCAGUUGUAUUUAAGAAACGCCGAGGUGUUACGAGGUGAUUCCUUCACGAAAGGAUUGCGUCUUACACUAACAGCCGGCGGGCAUUCUCGAAGAAUCGAUUCGACUAAACUGGAAUUUGAAAAGCACCUGCUGUUGGGCGACUCGACACAAGAUGUCGCGACCGCUUUAGGAACGCCAUCGAGGAUUUUCUACAAGAGCGAAGAUAAAAUGCGGAUUCACAGUCCCAGCGCUCAUCGUAGAGUUACACAGCGUAGAAGCGAUUAUUUCUUCAAUUACUUUACUUUGGGCAUCGAUAUUUUAUUCGACGCCCGUUCGCAUCUGGCGAAAAAGCUAGUGCUGCACACCAAUUACCCUGGUCAUUAUAAUUUUAACAUGUACCAAAGGUGCGAGUUUCUUCUACCGUUGGCCGACGUUAAGGUUACCGCUUAUUCGAGAUGGGACGAUCUGUGCAAGCAUUUGACACCGAGCGAAAAACCGGUCGUACUAAACCGGGCCAGUUCGACGAAUACGACUAAUCCAUUUGGAAGCACCUUCUGCUAUGGUUAUCAAGACAUCAUUUUUGAGGUAAUGCCAAAUAAUUACAUAGCAUCAGUGAGCAUGUACGGAGACGGCAGACCUUACGCAUCAGAACAGCCCGUAGAACAGGCGUGACAGAGGCUCUCCGCCACUUACCUCAUAUUGUCCAACAGGUACUGGCAACCUUAACAAACGAUUUAUCAUUAAAUAUAAUUUAAGAAAUUUAUUUAUUCGUUUAUACUGUGUCUAAUCACUUGUGUGUAGUUAAUUGAGAGAAAAAAGGAUAGCUAAUAAUAAUCACAAUGACCUUUUUAGACAAGAUAACUUUAUUUAUUAAUUUACCGGUGAUGCCCAUGUUGAGUCACAGUCACACUUUUCAGUGCUUUAAGUAAUCGAUGUGUUCCGACACAUUUUGAUUGAGGAGUCGUACUGAAAAUUGCCAUUUUAUUUACUUAGAUCUGCCUUAAUUAAAAUAAUCAAAGUGGGCGCGUGUCACGGAAAGUAGUAAAGGAUCGAUUAUUGUAUUAACAAAGAGUUAAUAUGGAUUUUACUGCCUAAACAUUCGUUUUAUGCUUUAGUGUAGAUGUUAUAUUUAUUUCAAUUUUGUACAAAAUAGUAAUUAAAAAAAAAAGUAUUAAGUUAAGCGUACAAGUAAUGAGGAAAUCAGUUAGUUUUUAAGUCCUAUUCGCGUUGCGAGGCAAAAGAGAGAAUUGAUUAGUCCCUACUUUAAGACAUGUAACUUAUUUUUUGUGUU